ACUCGAUAUAAGCCACACUUCCGCAAGCUCUUCGAAAGCGUUCUUCGUCACUAUUCACAACAUUGCUAGCAAAUCCCUCGUCCUUCUCCGACAACGACGAUCGUUCCCUUCUCCUUCCUCCUCCCUCAACUCCGCUCCCCCACUCUCGCUCUCCUCCCCACCUCCUCACCUUCUCCCAUGGCGGCGCACACUGAAGGCAUCCGCCUCCUCUCCAUGUACGACGACGAGGAGGAGGAAGACGACGACGAGGAGGAGGACCACCAACGCGACCCCAAGCCCACCGACGCCGACGAUGGCGAUGACGACGGCGAGCCGGUGGUUCCGGAGCCCGCGCUCGAGAACCCUUCUCCUAUGGUUCGGCUCCGAUCCCCCCUCCUUGCCGACGAGGUCGCGGAUCGGAAAACCCUAGCGAGCCCCCUGCCCCCCACCCCGCCGUUGCCUCAGUCGCAGCACUCCUCGCCAUUCCCCUUCACUUCCCCUUCUCCCCCGCCGCCGCCUCCCGUGGCGGGGCCCUACGCCUCCGCGGCGGAGCCUUUGGACCCACCGAGGACGAGGCGGGGCGCGCUCGCGAUCGUUGAUUACGCGCACGAUGAGGCGGCGAUGUCCCCCGAGCAGGAGGAGGGCGAGAUAAUGAGUGGUGGUCGCGUUGUAUUCGGUGCGGAGCUUCAAGUUGCUGAGGGAAAUAUUGAGGGAAAAUCACCACAACCAGAAUCUUCUCAGCCUUUGGAUAUGCCUGAACAGUCAAAAUCUGAGACCAGUAUGGCAAUGGAUUUCACUGGAAUGGAGCCUGAAGUAGCCCAGGUUGAGGAGGCUGCUGCAGCUUCUGCGGAUAUACAAAAAGAUGAUCCUCUCAGUCGUUUUCUUCCUCCACCUGUGACAACCAAAUGCUCUGAGGAGUUGCAGCAAAAGAUCAAUAGGUUUCUUGCGUACAAGAAGUCUGGGAAAAGUUUUAAUGCGGAUUUGCGCAAUAGAAAGGAUUACAGGAAUCCAGACUUCUUACAGCAUGCAGUGAGGUAUCAAGAUAUUGAUCAGAUUGGGACUUGCUUAAGUAAAGAUGUGUUUGACCCUCAUGGAUAUGACAAAAGUGACUAUUAUGACGAACUAGAGACUGAUAUGAAGCGUGAACUGGAAAGGAAGGAGCAGGAAAGGAAAAAAAGUCCAAAAGUUGACUUUGUUGCAGGAGGAACACAACUCGCCACAGUUGCACCAAUAUUAAAGACCAGCACACAAGUUGCAGUUACUGGCAUUUCGGCUGCAAUCAGUAGCGGAAUACCCCUAGCCCCAGUAGCUGUAGAUGCUGCUGUCAAGGACACCAGGCAAAGCAAGAAAACAAAGUGGGAUAAGGUUGAUGGUGAUGUAAUGAAUCCUGCACUUUCUGCCGGACAUGAUAAUAUAUCGGCCGUUGGUGUGCAUGCGGCGCUUUUAACUGCUGCUAAUGCUGGAGCCGGAUACACUGCUUUUGCGCAACAGAAGAGAAAAGAAGCAGAAGAGAAGAGGACGGGCGAUCGGAAGUUCGAUAAAAGAUCUUGACCUAAUUCGAAUUUUUGUAUAAUUAUAUUAUAUGAUUAAAGUUGUCUAUUGUUUCUUUCUGUCACAUAGUUACUGUAACAUUAAGAUAGUAGUCUCUUCAAAAAGCAAACGGCACAGAGGAAAUUAAGCUAAAUUAUGUAUUAAAAAAAUCAUGGCCAAAGUGUCCUUAGCUUUGUGGAUGCGGCUUGUUUAGGCCUUACUGGUUGUGCUAUCAGUUUUACUUCUUUUUUUUAAGCUCAUAUCCAAUGCAAUGAAUGUGCUAGCAGAUGGCAGAUUGUUUGUGAUCAA